AUGGAACAAGAAGGCCUUGGUAGAGAAAUUGAAAUUUAUAAUGAACCGGCUGAUAGGGAAACAGAACCGCUUCUUCCUCCCACACCACCAGCAGCGCCGUACGAAAAGUUCCGGGUUGGAAGGGAGCCACAACAGUUAAAGAAGUGGAUUAUGCCUGCGCUGUUUGCUUUAAAAAUUUCCUUUUGGUCGCUCGGUAUGAGGGGAUAUCGAGUAUGGAAAUACAUCACCUACACUUUGCUUGUCAUGGUUUGUGCUUACUAUAUAUUUUUCAAGGCAUACUGUGAUCCAUUACAAUCGUGCCCUUUACGCAAAAUGCAUCCGGAAAAGCGACCACUUUACCACGCAUAUCAAGUUGCCUACAUUUCCAAUGCCAUAUUGGCUGUGGCUUCUAUCCUGUCGUGUUUGGCGUUUAUUGGUUGUUGUAUGGUAGGCAAGCGCCAAAAGUCGGCUUUGAUGUGUCCGUCUGAAUUUAUGAUAAAAGAAAUCGAUCAAGUCAACUUAUUCAGGUUAUUUCUGGCAUUCCUCAUUAUGAUCGUGUUGUUAACAACCUCAAAGAUCUUUACAUCCCUUACGGAAAAGACAUCUGCUGACAGCAGAAAGGCGGGUUUACAUUUUGUAACCGAGAGAUUAGGUGGAAGAAUGGUGACUGAACAUGUGUCACAUAACUUCAAAAACUCAACAUGUAAAAUUCGGCUUUCACUUGGGCCUAACGUUCCACGGCUUUGCGAGGCUAUUGCUUCCGAAGACUCUACACAGUUCUUCUUACAUUUUAUCUCCCUAAACAUUUGUCACAUCUUUGCCUCUGUUUGCAUGGUACUCGGUAAGUUAACCUAUUCAAUCUUUUUGAAAAACAGUAGAUUGUUUAUUCCCAAUUCUUGUCUGAUUUCUUGGUGAUAAUGGAAACCGGAUUGAUCCAAAGUAUAUCCCUUUGAGAGACAUGCCUUUAUUUCGGCAAACCCAGCUAGCCCGGCUAAUAUCAAGUUAUAUCCUGAAUUUGCCGAAUAACAGACAAAUUAAGGCAGGUACUUUAUAUGCUAUCAGGCUCGGCAAGAGCCUCGGCGAAUAGCAAACUCCUCCGUCUGCAAAAUUCUUCAGAACAUACACACCCAAUAAUUGCUAAUUAACUCCCCACAACUCAAACCUUCAAGAGAAAUAAAAAAACUGAUUUGAGCUAUCGGAGUUCGAGUUAUGCGGCUUCAUCCAGUACAUGGUGGCUGACUAACUAACUGACCGCUAUAGACAAUUAGCUGACAUGCGGACGUCUUCUGGCCGUUAACCUUGUCAGUUUUGAUUGAUUGACCUUCAGGUACAUUCGCACAAGAUACUCUCAGGAUCAUACGAGGUGUCCAAAAUAGAACCCUUGAUGACGUCAUUAGAAUUCAUGAAGACCUCUGCACAGUAGUUUCCAGAACCGCGUCAGCCUUCAGUGUUUGGUUUUUGCUGCACUGGAUCAGUCAUGGAGCAGGCUGUAUUUUGUUGGUGAUAGAGUUUUCUGUUGAGAUAGAGCUUCUUCUCGAGUCUGAAGAGUAUAAAGCUAUCCCCAUGAGUGUGGCCUCGUUUGCUCUUCUCUUGCCUUUUUACCUUUAUCUGUUUAUAUUCCCUUGUGUCAUCGCUUCAGGGAUAUCAGGCAACUGUGCUGGUAAGAUACAUAUAAUAGGCCAUUUCCGAGUUGCCCCAAGCCUCUGUUGGGAAUCCCGGAAUAUCGAGUUUGGAUUCGACUUUGAGUUCUAGUCGGGUUAAAGUUCGAGGUUGUAGAAGACCUAAAUGUAAUAAAGGACCCUAAAUGUAAUAACAUUUUUUCCUAAAUGUAAUAACAAUUUGCCCUAAAUGUAAUAAACUCUUAAGUUGCCAAUUACAGUUAAUUACUCGAAUAAGUGCCGUCCUCAAAUAAGUGCUGCAUUUGGGGGAGAGGGGGAGUUAAUUAGCGCCGCGGGGCUUAUUCGUGUAAAUACGGUAGUAAGCGGUAUUAUUAUGGUAUGAAGCACCACUCUCAAAUAAACGCCGCAUUUUGGAGAAAAUAGUUAAUAAGCGCCGCGGCGCUUAUUAAAUUCGGUACAUUUCCUUAUGGACUGUGAAACUUAACGCUUACAAAUAAAUUGCUUGUAAACGACAAAGUAACAGUAUUUUUCUAAAAAAGCAAUAUUUAAGCAACUGGAAAACUUUUUUCCUGUGUUUGCAUAGCCUGAUAUAAACACUCGUUUUGCAAUAAAGAUUCUUUCCAAAAAAAGGUUUUUUCUCGUUUAAAACGUCAGCUUAAGCGCAAAAAAAUUGGCACAGCACGUUUGUAAAGAUUUUCCAAGUUUCAUCCGACGAGGGAAUGGGUAAAUAAAGUAAAUUGUCGAGUUUUCAACUCAAAAACAUUUUAAAAUUCGUGCUUGUGUGAUUAGCGCGCGAAGAGCAAGACAUCUUGACUCCACAGAUGUUUACAUACUCUCAUGCAAACACAUCUCUCGGCCAAGCAGAGCGCUCGCGUACUAUCUUAGUUAUUUAUAAAAGUUUUUAUCAGCUGUGCAGUAGUCUUAAGGGCCAGUUUACAUGGAGGUGGGGGACCCCAGAUAGGUGAGGUAACAUGCAGCGGGUUACCCCACUUAUCACGUUAACGUGAUCAAAUUAAAAUGAGAGAUUAUCUGGCCUUUGGUUACCCGCCAAAGCGGAAUACCUCACCUACCUGGGGUCCCAUACCUCCAUGUAAACAGGCCCUUAGACUUCUCGUUUUUUGUUCUUAAUAUUUUAGCUGAUUAGAUCUCUUUUAUAGAGAUCCAUCGUUGACAAGCAACAGGAUCUUCGUCCACAGUUUUUGCAGUAAAUUUCGAUCUUUAACAGAAAUGAAGUAUGAAAAACUUUUUAAGGCUUUUGUUUUGUCCCUUCACAAGCAAUUUAUUUGUAAAUGUCAAGUUACACAGUGCAUAAGGAAAUGUACAGAAGCUUAUUAAUUUUUUCUCCAAAAAUACAUCUUAGUACCGUAUUUACGCGAAUACGUGCCGCGGCGCUUAUUAAAUCCCCCAAAUACGGCUCUUAUUUGAGUAAUUACUGUAAUUUGCAACUUAAGAGUUUAUUACAUUUAAUUAGGACAAAAUGUUAUUACAUUUAGGACAAAAUGUUAUUACAUUUAGGACUUUAUUACGUUUAGGGUUGUUUAUUACAUUUAGGCCUUCUACAUAUGGAUGGACCGAAAAGUAAGAGUUGGGGGAGAAGAAAAGGGACGCCUGCCACAUGAAAAAAAAAAGCGUCGUUAGGCCCUUACGAAUUUUAGCUCAUUUUAUAAUGCCACUUGCCUCAACCAUUGCCCUGAAUCUGCAUCUUUAAAAACAUUUCCCAGCUGCCCAGUCCCUAGGGGGGGUACUCGAUAUAUCCUUGGGUGGGGAGGUGCGGCUCGGCCCCUCGUACCCUGACCCUGUUUAAGACAAAAAUCGCUGAUUUUUCCACCCUGUUUAAGACAGAAUUCCGAUUUUUAAUACCCAGUUUAAGACAUUCGUAGAACAUAAGCGCAGGCUGUUUAUCGUCUAAGAACAGGGUUAUGGGCUCCUGUCUAAGAAAAGAUACCCCGUUUAAGAUAAAAAUUGAUAAAAUCGAUACCCUGUUUAAGACAAAAAUCCCGAAAAACAUACCCUGGCUGGCCGCACGUCCCCAUUAAGCCCUUAUAAGGGAGUACCCCCCCCCCCCCGGGCCCAGUCACUUCGCUUUCUUUGUGGGUUUCUCGCAUUUAUUUAGCGACUCAGACAACUUUUUCAGGGAUCCUUGAGUCCCUCUUACAUUCUUCCGAGCUGCAACGUUUGCUGUUAACCAUUUCCCGAUAAAAAUACGCGAACAAAACAUUGUUUUGACUCAACACUCGGCAAAAGCGCAUACAAAUCAUUUGAGUGAGAAGCGAAGACUGAGUCAUGCGAGGGGGUCUCAUGUGACGUCAACUAUUUGUAGAAUCUGUCGGCAGCGCUAUUAUUUCUUGUUGUGGGUGUUUCUGAUAGGAUUCGAUCUCGGGUGUAGUUGUAAAGCACUUACUUUCAUGGACUUUUCUUGCAGCAAAGCUUUUUAUUGCAGCUACUAUAAAAAUUUAGUUUCUUUGGUUUUCUUCGAAAUGCCUGGAUCUGAAUAACUACAUGCGUGUAGUUUCUUUGUCCGUGAAUGUGAUGAUUUCCUGCCAUGAUUGGAAGCUGGGUCUGCCAUAUGUGCAUAACUCGCGUACCUGCGAGCAGGUUCACUUUUGCGAACUGGGGACCGAAAUUUUGGCGGUAGAGUCGCCAUCCAGCGAGGAAAAGUGACUUUUCCUAGCUGGAUGGCGGCUUCUUCGGACAAGUGAGCCUGCAGUUGCAGGCUAAGCCUGCGUGGCAGGCGCAAAAAAGGGAGGGAGAUGGGGGGAGGGAGAAAAUCUCCCCUUUUCCCUUCCUCCCAAUGCUCUACCAUUUUACGCAGGCAGCAGGCUCUGUGUUUGCAGGAUGUUGAAUUUUUCACGGAUAGUGCGAUCUUCAGAUUUGACUGAGUUGUAGCUUCACUCAAAUACUCGGCGUCAUCAAUUUUUAUAAGAAGGGUUUUGUUCUUAGCCUCGUUCUGAAAGUCAGAGAUUUUGAAACUCGGAAAUGACCCAUAUCUAUGCUAAUUUAUAUUCUAAAUUUGCAGAAGUUCUAUAAUCGGUUGUCCUUUUAUGUUUCACUUGAAAAUUUCUGCGCCUUUAUAGUAAACUCUUCGGUGUGCUUUUUAUCUAUGUAAUAUUCCAACAAAAACUUCGCUGGUUUCUUCGCUGAGUUUCCAAGUAGAAGCUAAGGUAACAAGAGUGCGAUGAUAUAGACAAGUAAAAGUUCAAUUUCGGGUAUUUUGGCAUAGCAAAAAUUUAAAAAACAGUGUAAUUCACAUCCAAAGUCGUUUUGGGAAACUCAGGAUCAGACACAAAGACAAUCAUCCAAUAAAUACUUGUGUAUCUUAAGAUUUGUGUCAGUUCACGUUACUGUUUUCUUGACGUGUAACAUUUGCUCUUUUUGUCAUCUUUGUAUAAAGAAAUCUACGAGAAAGUCAAUUGCUCCACCUCUGACGACUGGAAUGAUACCCUGGUCCCAGAGGUUUUUCUUGAUUUUUCUUUGCGAAAGAGAUCAAGAGCAAGCCGCGAAGCGGCGACAAGGAGUUGCGAAAGCGACGAGGAGAGAGAGAAAAACCUCUGGUUACCUUGGCCUCGAAUCUCACUUCCAUGCAGACGACAGGGUCAGGAUCUGACCCUCGGGCGUUGA